AUGGUGGAGCAACAGCAUCGCAAGACAUAUGUGCAAAUCCUGAAGGAACUGGCCAAACUCCAUGCCCGCCAAGGAGAGGCCAUACAAGCCCGACAAAUGUUGGAAACGGCAGUACUGACCGAGUCCACCUUUUGCCCCAAGACAUCAGAGCAAAAGUUGUCCCUGGCAACUAUCCGGAAUGACUUGGCGCUGCUCUGCAUGGAACUCCAAGACAUGGAUGCGGCACUGCAGCACUAUCAAACAGCUCUGAACCUGCAGCGAGAAGCCUCCAAGACGAGCCUGGACACCCCGCAAUCAUUAUGA